UGACAACGCGGCAAUACAACUGCUAACCAUCCAUUUUAGCAUUUGGCCUCCAGCUUUAAUUGUUUCCCACCUUUCUUUCUGCACAACAUUAUGAUGCAGAUGAAGGAGACCUGCUCCUCAUCCUCUCCCUCUCCCUCUCCAUUUCUCUCGCUGCUGAUUUGCCCCGCUUGGAAUUGAUUCACCGCCAUGCGCCUCAACUCAAUCGCAGGCCUCCUACUCAACUCGACCGAAUCAAGGAGCUCUCAUACACUGACCUCCUCCGCCAUGAACUCAUUUCCCAGAAUCACCGUCAUCAUCUCGCCAGGAGAAAAACCAGGGAGACAUUUCCAUCUUCAUCCCCCAUUCAAAUGCCUAUCUACUCCGGGAGAGAUUUCGGAUUGGCUCAGUAUUUCGUGUCCAUUAGGGUGGGAACACCUGGGCAAAAGUUCAUCAUGAUUGUGGACCUAGGCAGCGAGUUGACAUGGAUGAAAUGUAGGUACCAUUGCGGGAAAAAUUGUAGCCGUAAAGGCAGAUUUAGGAGACAGGAGGGUUUCCUCGCUGAUUCCUCUUCUUCAUUCAGAACUAUUCCCUGCUUUUCCCGUAUGUGCAAGACUGAUCUCAUGAAUCUUUUCUCUCUCGUUGCCUGCCCGACUCCUUUGGCUCCUUGUGCCUAUGAUUACAGAUACCUGGAUUCAUCGGCUACAAAGGGCAUCUUCGCCAAGGAAACAGUAACAUUAGGUCUGGGAAAUGGUAGGAAGACGAGGCUAGAAAAUGUGCUAAUUGGAUGCAGUAACUGGAUCCAAGGCCCUAGUUUUGACAGAGCUGAUGGUGUCAUAGGCUUAGGCUACAGCAACUACUCUUUCACAGCAAAGGCCACACAGAAUUUAGAAGGCCAGUUUUCUUAUUGCCUAGUUGAUCACUUGAGCCAUGCAAACCUUUCCAAUUACUUAAUCUUCGGUGGCCGAAGAAGCAGAUCAUCACUGUCACCCAACAUGACAUACACCCAUCUCGAACUUGGCAUUGUAGGCGCUUUCUAUGCGGUGAACGUGGUAGGUAUCUCUGUUGGCAGAGUGCGUCUGGACAUUCCCAUGGAGGUCUGGGAUGCAUCAAAAGGAGGUGGUACUAUUCUUGAUUCAGGCUCAAGUCUAACCUUCCUAGGCUCACCGGCAUAUGCUCCUGUAAUGGCGGCAUUGAAGAGGUCUGUGUCGAAAUUCAAGAGUGUUGUGUUGGAUGGGGUUCCCAUGGAGUAUUGUUUCAGUUCUGCAGAAGGGUUCAGUGAGAAUUUGGUGCCAAAAUUGGUUUUCCAUUUUGCAGACGGUGCUCGGUUCCAGCCCCAUGUCAAGAGCUAUAUUAUUGAUGCAGCUGAUGGAGUUAGGUGUAUUGGAAUUGUAGAAGGAAAGGGUCCUGGUGUGUCUAUUAUUGGCAAUAUAAUGCAACAAAAUUUUCUCUGGGCAUUUCAUAUUGGCAAGGGUGUUGUUGGUUUUGCUCCUUCAACUUGCACUUAACACUAAUUGUGUUUCUUCAUCCAUCUCAUUUUUCACUAUUAUUUCCUUUUUGUGGUCAUUUUAAUUUAUAUUAUAUUAUAAACAUAUAUCUCCUCAAUGUAACUCCUUAUGUUUAUUCCAACUAAUCUGUAAUUGAUGUUCCUUCUUAUUAACCUAAUCAUUUGUAAUAGGUAGUUCAUCAUUUGAUGUGAUCAAAUGAACAUUUCAAAUGUUAGGAUUUUAUACAUUUGUUCUGGGAACUGCUUGGAUUUGAUGCAAAGAGAGGAAUUAAUAAAAUAUUU